CCCAAAUCUCAACUCCUCGCCGCUACCUUACGAGUUCGGUUACAGGCUACUGCCUACUAGAUAUGUAUUCAGUGGCAAAUGACAACCAAUAUUCUUAGUCAUCGUUCCGUCGUGCUCGUGUCGAAUUUUUCGAUGACCAAUUGAUCGGUGUUCGUUUUAAGUGGCGAACCGGACAGGGUUGGUGACGCAUAGUUGUUGCGGACAGUUGGACAGGCUGUGUACGCCGUACAAAAGAUGGCUGUGCUGUAAACAAAAAAUAAAUAAAUAAAUGUCACGCCCCUUUAGGGAAUAAUAAAAAAAAAGACAAGAAAAAGAAAAAAUUAAAAUUCUCCUUUUUUUUUUUAUUAUUAUUAUUCAUGUAUGUAUUAUAGUAUAAGUAUCUUUUUUUUUUGCUAAUUGCACUGCGUUACGGCUUAUGUUCGGGGUAGUGUGUGUGGCACAAAUUUGACAACUGUUUCGUCUUCGACCGAACGUGUAAACUCCGACCGGUAUACCGUUGCGCCCUUUGUCUUGUGCUGACGAGACACAACAGACGUCGAACACGACGCUGAUACCAAAAAAAUGACUGAAUACAAACUGGUCGUCGUCGGUGCUGGCGGCGUCGGUAAAAGUGCCUUAACAAUACAGUUGAUACAAAACCACUUUGUGGACGAGUAUGAUCCUACAAUUGAGGAUUCUUAUCGUAAGCAAGUAGUAAUUGAUGGAGAAACGUGUCUACUUGAUAUUUUGGACACGGCGGGUCAAGAGGAAUACAGUGCUAUGCGAGAUCAAUACAUGAGAACUGGUGAAGGUUUUCUUCUUGUAUUUGCUAUAAAUAAUACAAAAUCAUUUGAAGACAUUAGUAACUACAGGGAGCAGAUAAAACGAGUAAAAGAUGCUGAAGAUGUCCCCAUGGUUUUGGUGGGUAAUAAAUGUGAUCUGCAAAGUAGAGCAAUAGAUGUAAAAGGAGCAUCUGAUUUAGCUAAACAAUACGGUGUGCCGUUCAUCGAGACAUCUGCCAAAACGAGACAAGGUGUUGACGAUGCAUUCUACACUCUGGUCAGAGAAAUUAGGAAAGACAAAGAACAAAGGCUGCGAGAGAAACGCAAAGCAAAACCCCGAAGGAAACGCAAGCAUUGUUACCUGUUCUGAAUAAAAUUGAAAAAACGGAAUUUUUUAUUUAAAUUUAAUAAUAAUUAAUAAAAAUCAUCAAAAAAUAUGAUACGAGUGUCCGUAUCAUAUUGUAAUUAAAUAUGUCAACACACUCUAGGCAAAGGCUAGUGUGUUCUCAUAAUUUAUAAUAUCGUUAUAUGUAUUGCAUGUAUUGAAUAUAUUUCUUUGGAAAACAAAACAAAAAUCAUUUUUGGAGCUCGAUCAUUAGAAAGUAAUGUUUUAAAGAACAUACCUAUUCAACAAGCUGACAUCUUGUUUUAAGAUCCGAUUUUGAUUUUGCUAUUUUUAUCAUCGUACCUAGUACUAAUAAAAUUAAAAAAAAAAAAAUACUUAGUGUUAUUCAAUUAUCUAAAAUAGUCUCCUGACCCAGUUAUUUUACACAGAAUCGUGCUUCCAGUAUUCAUAGGAGCUAUUGAUUUGUGCAUAGGCUUUACUACUAUUUAUUAUUAUUAUUAUUAUAUUAUUAUUAUUAUUUUUUUUUUUAAUUUUAGUUAAUAGGUAUUUGCAUUUGUUGUUCAACAUCAAAUAAACAAUAUUAUCGAUCAAAUUAUCUGUUGAUCAAGAAAAUGCAGGUUUAUGUACAUUAUUUUUU